ACGAUAUCAAACUCAUCAACAGACUAAUGACUGGAUACACGUACAAUAAAUCCUUUUUACACCUGAUGCAUAGCCACAUUUCAAACAUGUGUAAUAGUUGUAACAUCAUAGAUACACCAAAUCAUGCAAUCUUUGAAUGCUCCAAAUACAGGCAACUGAGAGACGAUUUUCACAUUUUUAAAAAAUUUAAUAACAUUGACGAAGUCCUUACGACAAAAAAUCCACAACAUUUUCAAGAACUUAUUUCGUUUAUUUACAAAGCCAAACUUGACAAAGCGCUUUAAAAGUCAAAAAAAAAAAAAAAAGAAUAUGAGGUAGAGAGUUCAGAGACGUUCAAACAAUAUUAAUUGUUAAUUAAUAAAAAUAGGAAAAAAAAAAAAAAAAAGAAUUGAAAAGUAUAGUACAAAUUUGCAAUCCUAAGACUGAACUAAAAUUACAAUGCGUCUAACCAUUGUAAAAAUCGCUAAGAUACAUAUAUAUAUGUAGCCAAAAGCACCCAUCCAUGUAAUAAUAAUCAUACUAGAUGGUUUCAGAAAACUAAAAAUUAGCAUUCAUAACAAUGUGAUCUAUUUUUAAGAAGUACCCACAUAAUACAUAACAAUGUACUAGUCAUGACUUAAAAUAGGCUGUGCCAAAAAAAAAAAUAAAUAAAUAAAAUAAAAGAAUACAAUUUUAUGUAAUCAAUGUAAAUAUCAUUUACUCUCAUAUAUAUACAUGUCAAUCAAUGAACAACAUCAAAAUGUACAACAAUCAUAAACAUUCACUCAAAUGUACUAAUACAUCUCAUAUCAUUUUGUCUAAUCUAUCGUUAGCGAUUAAGAAUGCUCAUAAAAUUAUACAUUUCUCCUUGUCAACGACUACCUCCACCCUACCACAGCUGCGAAGGACAACGAAAUUCCAAACUCAACCAAUAGAAAUCACAUCGAUUUCUGUAAAAUACAACACACCCGUGAAUAAUCUGGCACUGUAAGGGUAGCAAUCAAGCCCUGCCAUCAUCGCCUUCGGAAGGAAAGGAUUCCAAACAUUUCCGCGCAUAGCGUAUGCGGCAAAUCCAUAUUGGCGUGCGCUUUUCAACACUGCUAAAGACAAGGAAGCGGAAAUUGGCUUUGAAGGAGCCGAUAGUGAAAUUUUAGUGAACUUCUGCUACACCGGCGCAAUUGUUCCAAGCAAGAGUAAUGAGCGCGAGUUGUUAACGACAGCCAACAUACAUACUACAACUGGAUGCAUUAGCCGAAGAAUACAUAUAUUUUAUCAUAAAUGAGCUAACUUGUGAUAACUUCAGAGAUAUUGAAAUAUUCGUACACCAAAAUAAAUGUAGGCAGUUAUGGAAUGGGCAUCGCAUUGGCGAUAAAUUUACUCCUCGACAUAGAAACUUUUCUACGCUUAUUCCCUGGUAUUCGGCCCAAGGUCGCCACUUUAAAUAUCAACUUUGGCACACCAUUUCUACGUGAAAUUAUACGUUUGUUUGGAUAUAUAUCAUCUUCUAAGCCAGCAUUGCUACAUUAUCUACAAAAAUCCAAUGAUCCAGCACAUCCCGACAAUUCAGAUGGUUACACAUCAUAUAUGGUGGCGUUAUCUGUAGGUGGUACGCAGGAAGCAAUGCAAACUAGGCCUGGUGAAUAUCUUAUUGUAUUAAAGAAGCGCAUGGGUUUCGUCAAAUUAGCCAUACAAACGGGAUAUUUAUACGCCUUUAGAUAAAACGUGGUUUAGACCAGUACAAAUGUUCUAUAAAAAGUUGUUCCGCUAUGCACCUAUGCUCUUUAAGGGGCGUGCAAAUACAGUUGUGCCAUAU